GGAAAACCUAUAUAAAAUGGAAGGUACACCUGCAAUCUUCUUCACAUUACAGAACGAGAGAAAAUCACGCGGACAUCAACAAAUAUUCCCAUUUUAAUUUUUCCACAUUUUCUCUACAUCCAAACACAUUUUCUCUACAAAAAUUUACAUUGCUUGAUACAUGCUUCCAUUUUCUUUCUAUUCAUUUACAUUCUUAAAUAGACACAACAGACCGUAAUCGCCGCUCUUUGAUCAUCACGUUUCGUUCGUUUCUUCUGACUUCUGUAAAACCUGGAAGCACAUUGCCGUUUAUUGAAAUUUUGAAUUUGUGGUUUUUUAUUUGUAGGCAAUGGUAGUCCGCUUGUGUUGAAAUGGAUUCUGCGAGGAGUUGGUUCCAAAAAUUUCAGCCGAGAGACAAGCUAAGGGCCUCUACUAGGAAGAAGGAUCCGUUUGAUGAAUCUAAAGAAGAAAUGAAAUCGCCAGAAGAUGAUGAAUCUCUCUCAAAUACUACCAAGCAGAAAGUUGCUGCUGCCAAACAGUAUAUUGAGAAUCAUUACAAAGAGCAAAUGAAGAAUCUCCAGGAGAGGAAGGAGAGACGAACUAUAUUGGAAAAGAAGUUGGCUGACGCUGAUGUAUCAGAGGAAGAUCAGAAUAAUUUACUUAAAUUUUUGGAGAAGAAAGAAACUGAAUACAUGCGACUCCAGAGGCAUAAAAUGGGUGUUGAGGAUUUUGAAUUAUUGACAAUGAUUGGCAAAGGUGCAUUUGGGGAGGUAAGAGUUUGUAGGGAAAAGACAACAGAUCAUGUGUAUGCUAUGAAAAAACUCAAGAAAUCUGAGAUGCUUCGUAGAGGCCAGGUUGAGCAUGUGAGAGCUGAAAGGAAUCUGCUUGCAGAGGUUGACAGCAAUUGCAUUGUAAAACUAUAUUGCUCUUUUCAAGACGAUGAGUUUCUGUACCUUAUUAUGGAAUACUUACCUGGUGGAGAUAUGAUGACUUUACUCAUGAGAAAAGAUACCUUGACAGAAGAUGAAGCUAGAUUUUAUGUUGCAGAGACAGUGUUAGCAAUUGAAUCUAUACAUAGGCACAAUUACAUUCACAGGGAUAUCAAGCCCGACAACCUGCUACUUGAUAGAUAUGGACACUUGAGGCUGUCUGAUUUUGGGCUGUGUAAACCAUUAGACUGCAGUACCAUUCAAGAAGGGGAUUUUUCAGUAGUGAGCAACAACCAGAGUGCACAGAAUGAAGGCCCAGCAGCACCAAAGCGCACACAGCAGGAGCAACUACAACAUUGGCAGAAGAACAGAAGAAUGCUUGCUUAUUCCACUGUGGGUACACCUGACUACAUCGCUCCAGAAGUGUUGCUGAAGAAAGGUUAUGGGAUGGAGUGUGAUUGGUGGUCACUUGGUGCUAUCAUGUACGAGAUGCUUGUGGGAUACCCUCCUUUUUAUUCAGAUGAUCCAAUGUCAACCUGUAGAAAGAUAGUAAAUUGGAAAACUCAUUUGAAAUUUCCAGAAGAAGCAAAGUUAUCUCCAGAGGCAGAAGACAUUAUUAGCAAGCUCUUAUGUAAUGUCAGCCAGAGAUUGGGCUCAAAAGGCGCAGAUGAAAUAAAGGAGCAUCCAUGGUUUGAAGGUAUUGAAUGGGAUAAUCUUUAUCGGAUGGAAGCUGCAUUUAUCCCUGAGGUCAAGGAUGAGCUAGAUACUCAAAAUUUUGAAAAGUUUGAAGAGACUGAGAAUCAAACUCAAACUACAACCAAAACUGGUCCAUGGAGAAAGAUGCUCUCAUCUAAAGACCUCAAUUUUGUUGGCUACACAUAUAAGAACUUUGAAAUAGUGAACGAUUAUCAAGUGCCUGGAAUGGCUGACUUGAAGAAGAAAACCAACAAACCAAAGAGGCCUUCCGUGAAGUCACUUUUUGAUACAGAGUCAGAAACAUCGGAAUCAUCUGAUACAACCGCAAGCGAUAAAUGUGUUCAAGGGAGUUUUCUAAACCUUUUACCUCCCCAGUUAGAAGUAUCUGAAAAGCAGAAGGAAUCUCUCUGAGGCCUCUAACCCUGCCAAUCUUUUUGCACUGUUGGAUGACAGCUCCAACCUGUUAACCAACUGCAAAAUUUGACUUGAAAUUAUUAGAUUCCAUUGUUAAUGCUACUUCCCACAUUUGGAUUUGUUGCUCUACUGACACUCGCACAAAGCUUUAGAUGCUCAAUCUCUAACGAUUGAACAAAGUGCUGUGGUUUUUAGGCUACUAUUUUAGCUUAACCCUGCUCAAGGAAUAGAUCUGCGAAACUAGACAGAACCAAAGAGUAGAUAAGAUAGUAAUGCGUUUCCUAUUGGAAUGUAAUUUAUUAUUAUUAUUAUUAUUUUAUCAUUUUGGCAUGGGAGUCAAAAUGUUGUACAAAUACACAGUUCAACUCAUACCAUUUAUACAAAUACAUGCAUUCCUUAA